CCCUCUGCUUUCUAUAGCCCGCUCCAGAGGCACACAGGCUCAGAGGCUGCACGAUGAGCAGGUUACUCUCUUUUCUGCAGAGGGCACUGGGGACGGUGAAGCACCAUGUAGGCACUGAUCAGUUUGGGAAUAAAUACUAUGUCAUCCCUGAGCAGAGAACGUGGACAGGCCAAUCAAUUAGAGCAAGAAGAACAGUGGAAGCCGUCGAGCAGGAUGCGUACAAAUAUGAACUCGGACAUAUUCCCACUGAAUGGGAAGCAUGGAUCAGAGGCAGAAGGAAAGACCCACCAACAAUCGAGGAAAUACUGAAAAAUGAACAGCUCAGACAGGAAAUGAGUGCCAAAGGGAGGGAAUUUUUGGAGAGAGACAAAUGUAUGCAGAACAUGGAACACAAAAAUGGACUUGUUGCUGAGCCAAUGAAAACUCAGAUUAAAGGACAUGCCUCUGCUCCAGGUUAUGGCAAGCACAUCCCCACUGAAGACCCAACAAGCACUGCAAAUACAUUUGUACCCGGCACCUGGAACCCGAAAAAGAAGUAGCAUGAUAUCUGAAAAAUAGACUACAUUUAUAAAUUAUUGUUUGAUUGUUCCAAGUAAAACAAAUUAAAUCAUA